AUGCUACGACGUGCUGUACUGCUGCAUGGGCGCUCGUCACGUUCCAUGUCACUGCUAGGCUCAAUAUUCGGCAUUGGUGAGUUUGAGGGCGCCCGCAACACGUCGCUAAGCCGAAGCACAAGCAAGCAGCAAGCUUAUAAUGUGGCACUGCUGGAUUAUGUGAGCAUGAACUCGCAUCCAAAGUUUAUGUUGCAAAAGGUCUUAGAAGAUGACGCGUCAUUUCUCAUGGGUCACGUGCUGGUAGGUGCCAGUCAAUGCCUCGCUCCUUUCAUUCAUCAAGAUGCAUUGGAUGCUGCGGACAGACUUCAAGUGGCGACAAAAAUUGCUCGAGAAGGAAAGACGACAAUGACCGAGAAAAUGCACGUGAUGGCACUGGACGCGAUAGUGCAUGGUCGUAAUUACGAGGCUGCUGCACUCUAUGAGACUAUUUUGCUGCAUGACUACACGGAUCUGCUGGCGUUGCGCUGCUGCUAUGAUGUCUAUCGAUUCCUUGGUAACUACAAGAACAUGUUGGCGGUAGUGACGCGUCGGCUGCCGUCUUGGUCUCCGAAUGAUGUUGGAUAUAGUCACCUGUUAGGCAUGCAAGCCUACGGAAUGCAAGCUGCUGGACGGCUGGAUGCGGCAGAGGCUCUAGCUGAAAAAACGUUGUCUUUGAACGGCAAUGAUCGAUGGGCGUUACACACCAUGCUGCACGUGUUAGAAGCACGAGGCAAUGCCAACCACGGAGCCAGCUACGCAAACCAAUUCAAGGCAGGUUUUGACAACGGUGGUCCGCUAGAGCAUCACAUGUACUUCCAGUGGGCGUUGUAUAUGUUGGAUCUGGGUCAUUACGACCGCAUCGGAAAGAUGUUAGAAGUCAACAUAUUUCCGUACCACCCCGAUGACACUCCCCACGCAGUUCCCACUCUGUGCAACGCUACGCAGCUCUACUGGAGACUACGUUUUGCAGCUCAAGACGUUGCUGAGUUAGGUGAGCAGCUUCUACAGAACUGGUCUGCCAUACUUUCGCCUCGAAGCUCAGGUGCAAUGGAGGUGUCAAAAGCUCGUCUUCACCCUCUUGCAAACGUACUCUGCUACAGCAUUUUGUCAUGCGUGCCAUCGGGCGCUACACCACCGCCGGAACCGCUGACACUGGAACCUGCUAUCGACACCAAUCGCUUAGAGGCUCAGUUGGGCUUUACCCCGCUCCAGUUUAGCUUUCCUCCCAUUUCAGGUGAAUUAGAGGAGGUGCAUAACAACGUUUGCAAAGCUUUUCAAGCAUACGCAGAGGCUCGAUUCAAUGAUGCUACCCAAGCGUUGUUACCUGUGCGCGAAAAGCUUGGACUUCUUGGUGGAACCGAAGUAGAUCAAGAUGUGGUGGAGCAACUGCUCAUUGAGUGUGCUAGCAAGUGCGACGACCUGCGACUUGUAAAGCUUCUCCUCAACGAACGGCUGAGCGCGAGACCACAGAGUGCACAAUGUUGGAAUGCCUUUUCGCGUGUUUCAGCAGCCAUGGGAGACUCGUCCGCCGUACGGGAUGCGCAGGGCAUGAGCUAUGUGCUAGGACUGGGUCAAGGCGGCAAUCAGACGUACUAG